UUCUCCUAACGAUGCAAUCUUGUUUCACAGCCCAAAUAAUGUCUGGGCCAUACCGCCCAUUUCCUUCUAUUUUCCUCGCAAAAAAUUCAAAAAAACUCCAUUUUCCCGGCUAUAGACACCGUUUUCGCUAUAAAAAGAAAAAAUAUCAUCUAAAAAUCGAAAAGAAAAAAAUGGAACCGGUGGUGGUAUCGGUGAGUGGAUACCGCGGCCUUGAACGUUUCAACCUAAUCAAGCUCAUAUCCCUAGCCGGUGCCAGCUAUGUUGGCAAUUUCUCCCGUUCAGUCACUCAUUUGGUAUGUCGGAGAUUCGAAGGAAAGAAAUAUGAACUUGCUAAGAAGUUAAAGUUGAUGGUCGUAAAUCACCGGUGGAUUGAAGAUUGUAUAAAGGAAGGGAAGCGUUUGCCUGAGGAACCUUAUAUGUUGCGAAGUGGAGAAGAAAUGGGACCUCUGUUGCUGGAGAUCCCUGAAGUUGCUAAGGGAGAUGCCUUGACUAAGAAGUGCAAAGUGUUUUCUGAAAAGCCUAGUGUUCACGAUAGUGUUGUAAAUGAAAUAACUGAUGUUGACUAUGGAGGUUCUGGCUUAUCUGGUUGGUCCAAAUCUGCGGUGUUGGAUGAGCAUGGAGACCCAUUUUCUUAUGCUUCUGUGCCUCCAAUGAGGAACAAAAGGAAGAUCUCAAAGAACAAAGAGCCAAAUGCUCAUCGUUCUGCUCUGUUGCUGAGGGAAGAAAGAGAUCUUCGUAAUGGUAGCAGAGACACUUCUAUGAUCAAAUCAUCUCAGAGGAAAGGACGGAGACUUGUGAAGAAGAUUAAUAGAGAGAUAGUAGUGUCUGAUUCUUCUGAUUCUGACCAAGAGUGCUAUCCAGUUCCACUCCUCAGGGUCCAUAAACCAUGUGCUGGAGUUAUAAAUCCAUCUAAUCGUGCAAUUGGAGGACCAUCUAAUUGGAGCACUGUUGGUAUAUCUGAAAUUGGAGAACCAUCUAAUCGUGAGUUCAGUAAGCUUCAGAGAGUAGAUGAAGAAAUAGAAGUUGAGGAGAUCAAAUUGUGGAACAUCCGACCCCCUUCCAAUGGUUUAACUUCACCAGGAAAGAAUGCGCAACCUGCAGCUGAAAGAGCUUCCCCAGAUGGGUGUUCUGAUGCUGGGGGAGAGACCCAGUAUCUUGCUUCCAGAUUAUCCACCUCCAUGGAUUUAUCAUGUGUUAUAUGUUGGACUGAGUUUAGUCCAACAAGAGGGAUUUUGCAAUGUGGACAUCGAUUUUGUUAUUCAUGUAUCCAGGAGUGGGCUGACAAGAUGACUUCAAAUAGAAAGACUCCAUUUUGUCCUUUGUGCAAGGCAAGAUUCACGAGCAUUACAAAAGUGGAGGAUGCGGCCAUCUCUGAUCAAAAAAUAUUUUCCCAAACCAUUCCUUGCACCACACCAACACUUCAUGUUCCUAUUCUAUCUGAUCAGGAAAGAGCUGGUUUUGGUGCUCAGUUAUCAGCUGCUUCAGUUUGCAUCAUGUGCCGUUGUCGAGAACCCGAGGAUCUUCUUAUCAGCUGUCAUGUUUGCCAGAUGCGAAACAUACAUAGAUACUGUCUUGAUCCUCCUUUGUUACCCUGGACCUGCAUUCAUUGCCAGGAUCUUGAGAGGCUCAACCCUUACACAUUCUAGUGCACAUUAAUUCCAUGAUGGGAAUAUGUCUGGCUUUUUGACAGUGGCGUUUUUUAACAUUGUUGUCCAUAACAUGGAUGUUAAAUUGUCUACAUUCAACUAUUCCUGGUGAU